UUGACACUGAUCUGGUCCCCAUUAAUCACUCAAAUAAAGCUAGUCACUUUGCUACAGCUCAAUCCAGCUAUAUCAUCAACUUUUCUAUUUCAUAUACUUUUUUGUAUUUUAAUGUGAAAACUUUAGUAGCACAUUAAUCCUAAUAAUCAUCUUCCUAAAUCAUUGAGUCCACAAUAGUAUACCACCAGCUCAUGUGAUAUACAGUCUGUCCUUCUUUUAUUGCAAAAACAAGUUGUAAUUCUUUCCUUCUUUUUUCCUAGAGUUGUUGCCAACCAUAUUAUUCCCUUCACUUGAAACUUUCUUUAUUUGUUAAUCUCUACACCUUAAGUUCUCAACAACUUCACUUAGUAGUACACUUUUUCUUCUUUCUUCCUAGCUUCGAUUUCUCAUCAUGGCUACUGAAACUGUUGAGCUUGCAUCUGAUCAUGCUUCUACUACUCAUGAGCAAUUUGUGAAGCAGGAAAAGGACGAAGCUAUUGCGGAAAAGAUGAAUUCUCUAGCCAAUGAAGACGGAGACAAACAUAAUGACAAGCCAGACAAUGCACAAGGUCAAGCCACUCCUUCAUCGAAGAUAGAAGAUGAGGUGAAGGCUGAGCUUGCAGCAGAAGAGAUUGAAAAGUCUGAUGAUUCUUCAGCAUUGAAGGUUUCAGUUGAAGAUAUUGUGAAGCUGGAAAAGGACGAAGCUAUUGCGGAAAAGAUGAAUUCCCUAGCCAAUGAAGAAGGAGACAAACACGACGACAAGCCGGACAAUACACAAAGUCAAGCCACUCCUUCGUCGAAUACAGAAGGAGAUGAAGUGAAGACUGAGCUUGCAGCAGGAGAGAUCGAAAGGUCUGACGAUUCUUCCGCAUUGAAGGAUUUUGUUGAAGAUAUUGUGAACCCGGAAAAGGACGAAGCUAUUGCAGAAAAGAUCAAUUCCCUAGCCAAUGAAGAUGGAGACAAACAUGAUGGCAAGCCUGACGAUGCACAAGGUCAGGCUACUCCUUCAUCCACGACAGAAGGUGAUGAGAUUAAGGCUGAGCUUGCAGCAGCAGAGAUUGAAAAGUCUGAUGAUUCUUCAGCAUUGAAUGUUUCUGCUGAAGAUAGUCUGAAACCUGACAUAAUUGAUGAUGCACAAAAUCCAGGUGUAGAAAAAGAAGAUGAAGUGAAGGCUGAGCCUGCUGUUGCUGCAGAAAAAACUGAUGAUUCUGUACCAAUAGAAACUGUUUCAGAUAAUCCGAAAGAGGAGAAAGAUCUGAUAACUGAAUCAGAAACUAUCAGUGUCACAGAACCAGUAAAUGAUACAGCGAUAAGCCAUCAUGAUGAGACACCAUCCACUGAAUCUGAUGCGAAGGAAACAUCACAGCAGAUAGAAAAGGAACUUGUAGAAACCAAUGAAGAGAAUCAACCCAAGAUAGAAGAUAUUCCAGAAGCUGAAACCACUGAAAAAUCAAGUGAUGCGACUGAGACUAAUCAAUUUGAAGAGAAGGUGAAACAAGCUGAAAUUUCAGAAACAAGUGCCGAAAAGGAAGAAAAGCCCGAGCUUGAGCCUCUGGCCACAGAAGAGCCGAAAGUAACAAAAGAACCGGAAAAAGAAUCACAAGAAAAAUCAGAAGAGGCAGAGCAACCAAAAGCAAUUGCAAUUGUUGAAUCUACAGUCGAGGCCAAUGAGGAGAAGACAGCAGCAGCGAUAUCGGAAGAGACCAAAAUCAUCGAAGUGGAGCCUACAGAAACAGUGAAAGAAGAACCCAUGGUUACCGAAGUUGCGACUGCAGAGAUAGUAAAAGAAGAACCCGUGGUUACUGAAGUUGAGGCUACAGAAACACUAAAAGAAGAACUUGUGGCUACUGAAGUUGAGGCUACGGAAACAGUAAAAGAAGAACCUGCAGCUACUGAAGUUAAGGUUACAGAAACCGUAAAAGACGAACCUGUGGUUACUGAAGUUGAUCCUACAGAAACGGUAAAAGAAGAACCUCUAGCUACUGAAGCUGAAGCUACAGAAACAGUAAAAGAAGAACCCGUGGCUACUGAAGUUGAGCCUACAGAAACGGUAAAAGAAGAACCUGUGGCAACUGAAGUUGAGGCUACAGAAACGGUAAAAGACGAACCUGCAGCUACUGAAGUUGAAGCUACAGAAACAGUAAAAGAAGAACCAGUGGCUACUGAAGUUGAAGCUACAGAAACAGUAAAAGAAGAACCAGUGGCUACUGAAGUUGAAGCUACAGAAACAGUAAAAGAAGAAUCUGUGGCUACUGAAGUUGAAGCUACAGAAACCGUAAAAGAAGAACCUGUGACAACUGUAGUUGAGCCUACAGAAAUGGUAAAAGAUGAACCUGCAGCUACUGAAUUCGAGGCAACAGAAACGGUAAAAGACGAACCUAUAGUUACUGAAGUUGAUCCUACAGAGACAGUAAAAGAAGAAGCUGUGGCUACAGAAGUUGAAAUUACAAAAACAGUAAAAGAACCCCUGGUUACUGAAGUUGAUCUGACAGAAUCAGUAAAAGUCAAACCUGUGGUUACUGAAGUUGAUCCUAGAGAAAUGGUAAAAGAAGAACCUGUGGCUACUGAAGUUCAAGCUACAGAAACGGUAAAAGAAGAACCUGUGGCUACUGAAGUUGAGCCUACAGAAACAGUAAAAGGUGAACCUGUGGUUACUGAAGUUGAGGAAAAUCAGAAAGAACCAGAACAACAUUCAACGGAACGAAGGGAAGAGGAGCAACCAAACGCAUCUUCAAUUCCAGAACAGUCUACAGAAACCAAUGAUGUCAUUGCUGUAGAAGAAAAGUCAAGAGAAUUAGAAUUUGAGGCAGCGAUACUGAAAGAGACUAAGAACGACGAAGCAGGGCCAGCUGAAACAGAGAAAGUAGAGCCUGUGGUUACUGAAGUGGAUGAAAACCAAAGUGAACCAGGAAUUCAAUCAUUCAAACAAGAGGAAGAAGUGAAACCAAAGGAAGAAACUGAAAAUCAAGAACAAACAGGUGAUAGAGUGGAGGUUCACCCUCCAAAAGACUCGGAUAUUGAGGCGGUGAAAGAGACCAACAACUCUGGGUCAGAAGCAAUUCUUGUAAAAGAAGAGAACAUUGAUCCUCUGUCUAAUGGAGUGGAGGAAAAGCUAAGUGAACAAUUACAAGUAGGUGAGGAAGUUGGGGAAAUUAUUAAGGAAGUGGAGCCCGAGCAAGCAACUGAAAAAACUGAAGGAUCUAAUGGCACCAUCAAAGAAGAGGAAACUGAACCUAACACAACGGUUAAUGCUGCACAAGUUCAGACAACCCCUGCAAAUCUGGUGGAACCUUCUCCUGAAGUUGAAGAAAAGAUUGUUGUAGAAGAUGGCAAGAAAGAAGUUGUUGUUGCUGCAGAGGAUGAAAAGAAGGAACCAGAAGCAUCUGAUGCUGUCCAAGUAUCCUCGAGAGAACAGAAUGAGGCAAAGACAGCUACAAUUGAAGCAGGGGAGACCGAGACAAAGGUGGAAGAAAUCUCUAAAGCUGUAAAUGAACCUGUUAGAGAAACACUUGCAUCUAAAUUCGAAAAAGACGAGGAGGAAACUAUUCAAAAUGGAGUGGAUAAUUUGGAGAAAGAACGAAUUGAGGAGCCAGUGAAAACUGAGGUUGAAUCCACCAAGGAAAAUGAUACAACAACAAUAUCCAAGGACCUUCCAAAAGAAACUCCAGCAAAGCCAGCUCAGAAGCAAUCAAACAACAUUAUAGCAAAGGUAAAACAGUCACUAGUGAAAGCAAAGAAGGCUAUCACUGGAAAAUCUCCAUCCUCCAAAAACCUGUCCUCAGAUCCAAAGGGGGACAUCAAAGUCAAAUAACGGGACAGAGUGAGAAUUAAGUUUGCACAAUUACAUAUUCGUUUUCGUGGUGCAUAGCAUUAUAUUAUAGCAUAUAAGUUGGUUUUGAUACUUCAAUAUUUUCUCUUGAAUUUGUUUGAAUGCAAAAAGGUGUGCAGAGUGCAGUGUAUAUAGCAGAUGGUCUAGGCCAUGCUUUAGGCAGUACUGUAAGAUUUGAUUAUUUUCUUCUGCUUUAUUCUUUUGAAUAUCUGCAGUUUGUUAUUGGUUGUUGUUUGUAAACCAUGGAAGCAAUUUUAAUUCUGUGGCUUAAAAAUGACUUGCUUGUACUUCUGUACAAUUAGCUGUGAUGAAUGAUGAUUUAGUAUUUGAUUGUUUAUUGCCAAA